GCAAGGGCUCUGUGCUACAGUAAGUACAUAUUCAGAGGCUUUCACCACGGGCGCUUGGUUGGCUCUUGAGGUCUUUCUUGCAUCUACUUUCCCUCGAGCCGUUCUCUUGUUUUACGGGACUGCCUUUCUUUCUUUCUUCUUCCCUCAGUGAGGUUCUCUCUUUCCACUCACUAUUCUUUAUACUCCUCAAUUAUCCCCUUGAGAACCCUUGCUGGCAAGGUUACGUGCUCUAGUACAUACUCUCGUGAUCCCCCUCGGUAUUGUGUCCAUUGUUAUUAUCCUACUCUUUUGUCUACCACCUUCACGAUGAGCUCCAACGCAUCUACAGCCGGCUCUAUGGACGAGUCCAAAUUUCUCAAGCGAAACCGUGCUCUCCACUGGGCUCGAUUGGGUCUGUCUCUGGCGAUCACUACUGGAGCUGUUGCUGUCAUCGCCUGUGAGGCGGUACCAUUGCACCACUACAAGACCACCGCACAAUGGGCCACCGAGGGUCUUGCUCUCUGGCCAUUGAACCUUGACAUGCGACCGACAAUUGCAGCUCUAGCCUGUGGCUGUGUGAUUGCCAUCUUGAACUUGGUAUAUGUGGUUGUUGCUAUGCUCCCAUCUCCACAUUCCCGUAUCAAGCUCCUAAACUCCUAUGCUUCCGCAUCGGCCUUCUCUGGAUUCAUCACAGCCCUCAUUGGCAUCAUCUUCACCAUCUAUCGGCCCUCCGCAUCUUAUCCGAGCGGCUUCAGCGAUGGAGAGACCUUGCACAGCUGGACAUGCAAAUGGGAUUCCUCGAGCGGGAGUACAUCAAGCCCGGUCCACUUUUCUCGUGACUGCCAUGAAACGCGUGCUGGGUUCGCGAUGCUGUGUGUUCUCCUUGGACUGGAGAUUCUGAUGGGUAUUGCUGCCGCUGCUGGCACAUGGUCCCAGCGGGAUGUAUCUCGUCGUCGCGAACAACAAGUCCAGUUGGAAAAAUUGGAGAUUGCGACGAAGCAGGCCUAUCGCCCGUGAGAGGGCCGCGCGAUCUUUGCUGGGCUUCUCUCAAGGUCGUAAGUCAACCUAGGACUGAGAAAGGAUUGUUUAGAGAUGGGCUACCCUAGGCGCUUUUAGUAUGUGAAUAGUAAAGUUGUUGCGUGGGCUGAAAUGACGUCAUCAUGUAUAGCAGGCUAUUUAUUGGGGGGAUUCAUGCAGGUCAUAGUUUGGAGUAUGAAGGUGUGGCCAGGGCCACUUCGUUGGAUUGAGCCGCACGUCUACCGAGAAAGAAGUAAUUAAGGAAUAUUAAGCAAGGAGUUUGUCCCGUGUCCCGUUAAUGAGCGAUGUAUCCAAUGAAUUUGAAUAAGAAUACCUGAG